AUUUAGUAGCUAAAAGAUCUAAAAAAUAAAUUUCAUUGUCAAUUACAUGCUUUUUUAAUAUUUGUAAAUAUUUUUUUAUGAUCUAAGAAUGCAGCCAACAUUGAAGUAUUUGCAGUACCCAUGUACUACAAAAUACGAAAAACUGUGCAAAGGGAAAGAGAUGAUUCUAUGGAAAGGGAAAGAACUCCUAUGACAAAUUCUGUUACACUGGAAAAAAAUGACCAAAUAUCAAAAAGAAAGACUUUAUACAUGAGAGAACUAAUGAGGAGAAAGAGAGAAGAUCUCAUCUACAGACACAAAGAAAAAAAAGAAGAUUUAAAACGAAAACAACUGAAGAGAAAGAUAGAAUUAGAACAAAGAGGUGAUAAAGUUUGCAAGAAAUUAAAUGGAGUAAAUGAAGAAUACAGAAAAGCUGAAAAAGAAAGGGACGCAAUAAGAAAAAGAUCAAUUAGAGCUAAUUUAGAGUACAAGGCUAUUGAAAAAGAACGGGAGACAUCUCAAAGAAAAUUGCGUAGAAAUAAUCCUGAAAACAGAAAGGCUGAACAAAAAAAAGAUACUUUAUGGCGGAGAUCACAUAGAGAAAAACCAGACCACAAGGCUGUUGAAAAAGAACGUGAAACAACACAAAGAAAAUUGAUUAGGAAUAAUCCAGAAUACAGAAAGGCUGAACAAAAAAAAAGACACUUUACGGCGGAAAUUACAUAGAGAAAAACCAGACCACAAGGCUGUUGAAAAAGAACGUGAAAAAACACAAAGAAAAUUCAUUGGGAAUAAUCCAGAAUACAGAAAGGCUGAACAAAAAAAAGACACUUUACGGUGGAAAUUACAUAGAGAAAAACCAGACCACAAGGCUGUUGAAAAAGAACGUGAAACAAACGCCAAGAAAAGAAAACACAGUGAACAAGACUUCAGAGAAAGAGAAAAAAUAAUGAAUACAGAGUAUCGUAGUGAAAAAAGAAGAGAUCCUGCGUACAGAGCAAAUGAAAAACAAUCCGAUACAAAAAGGAGAGAUGAACAGCAAACAUCCAUUGACCACUGCAUUAGCAAUUUUCACAGAGCAGUUGAACAAGGACCAGUAUACACUUGUACAAGCUGCCACCAGCUCCUGUAUAAGCACAGUGUAUGUAAAUAUUCAGGUGCUUUCUCAGACAAGGACAAAGGGAAAGAUGCUGUGAGAAAAUUAAUUGAUAUUUGUCCACAAACAGCCAGUGCUUCUGAAGAGAUAUGGAUAUGUAAAACAUGUCAGUCCCAUAUAAAAAAAAGGGAAAAUUCCACCAUCAUCAGUUCUAAAUAAAAUGAACUUUAUAGAUCAAGGCUCCCUUAGUGACUUAAAUCCUCUGGAACAAACACUGAUUGCUGCAAGAUUACCUUUCAUGAAAAUUCAUCAAGCACCCAUAGGUAAACAACAUUUUAUCAAUGGAAAUGUUGUUAUGGUACCAGCUGAUGUUUCAAGCACAAUCAAAAAUUUGAAAAGGCUUCCCUCUGACACUGCUACAAUAAAGGCCACUCUGAAACGAAGGCUGAGAUACAAGCAUCAUGUGUAUUGUUUGAAUAUACGACCUGAGGCUGUUCGUGAAGCUGCAAAGUUUUUAUCUACAACACCUCUAUACAAAGAACAUGGAAUUUCAUUUGAUGAAAGUUGGCAAUGUGAAUCUGAAGAGCAAGAACAAAAUAUUGAAAUCAAUAUUCAUAGUAAUAUUGCACAGUCACAAUCCAGCUCAGAAGACCAUAUUGCACCUGCUCCUUUACAUGCUGAUUCUUCCUCAGGGGAAAGCGCACAAAUUGCAGUAAGUCAUGAAGAUGCAAGAGAAGAUACAAAUGGUUCUGUAGAGGAUGGCUUCAGUGAUGAUGAUGAUAAAUGGAGUGAAGUGGAUAGCUAUGAAUCAAUGUGUGGUGAAGCUGACACACUUUUAACAGCACCAAGUUUUAUAGAUCAAUCAGAAAUGGAACAUGUGUAUAACUAUGCCCCUGGAGAGGGAAGUUUACCAAUUAGUAUUUUCUUGGAGAAAGACAGUGAAGAACUUGCAUUUCCAGCCAUUUUUUGUGGAAGACGGCGACCAAGUAACACAGAGCGACCGGUCAGAGUUACAUAUGGAGAAAUUGUUAAAUCUGAGCUGAGAAAUGCAGACAGAAGAGCAGCCAGAUCAGUGGAAAACUUGUUUUUUAAAACCAAGAAGAUUCAAAUGAAAUCUUUGAUCGAUCAAACACAGAUAGCUCUUAGAAAAGUAAAAAUUAGCAAUAAAAACCUUUCAGCCAAAGAUGUAAAGGGGGAUGCAGCAUUAGAUCUGAUUCAUCAUGAUAAAGCUUACAAGUUUCUACCAAGUAUCAGGGGUUCUCCACCAUAUUUUGAAAGAAUUAGUAAGGACCUCUUUGCUUUCAUUCGAAAUUUGGGUACAGCUACCUUUUUCCUUACACUUUCUGCAGCAGAAACAAAGUGGAAUCACCUACUUAAGAUUCUUUCACAAGUGGGAGAUAAUAAGGUUCUCUCAGAUGAUGAAGUUAGCCAACUAACUUGGCCUCAGAAGUGCCGUCUCAUACAGUCAGAUCCAAUAACGUGUGCUCGACAUUUUGAUUUCUCAGUGCAGAAGUUCCUGAACAAGUUCCUUUUAACAAAGGCUAAUCCCUUAUUUGAAAUCACAGAUUACUUCUACAGAGUGGAAUAUCAACAGAGAGGAUCACCACAUAUCCACAUGUUGUUAUGGUGCAAGAAUGCCCCAAAGAAUGGGGAAAAUUCUGAAAGUGAAGUUUGUGAUUUCAUUGAUGAAUAUAUUACAUGCAAAAAGCCAAAUGAAGAUGAGUCGAUAUUUGAUCUGGUUCAGGUUCAGAAGCAUAAACAUAGCCACACAUGCAAGAAGAGGAACAAGAAGAUAUGUAGGUUUAACUUCCCAAGACCUCCUAUGAAGGCAACUACUAUCCUAGAACCGCUGAAACAACCAGAAGUGUUGGAGGAGGAACUAACUAAACACAAACAGUCCUGGAUGAAAAUUCAUGAGUAUCUUCAAAGUCUUGAUGAAAAUGAUGGAACAAUCACCCAUGAAGUACUCCUGUCCAGCCUAAGGAUGACAGAGGAGGAGUAUGUGUCUGCAAUUAGAUCAUCUAUUAAAGCAACUACUGUUUUCCUAAAGAGAUCCCCACAGGAAAUUCGUAUCAACAACUACAACAAAGCGACUCUAGAGGCCUGGCGGGCAAACAUAGAUGUUCAGUUUGUUCUAGAUGUAUAUGCCUGUGCAACUUAUGUUGCCUCCUAUGUGACAAAGGCACAAAGGGGUAUGAGUGAGCUGCUUAGGAAAGCGACAGAAGAAGCAAGACAAGGAAAUCAGUCUCUAAAACAACAAGUUAGAUGUGUAGGUAACAAGUUUUUGAAUGCUGUGGAGCUGAGUGCUCAGGAAGCCGCCUAUAUAUGUCUACAGCUACCAAUGAGAAGAGCUUCAAGACAAUGCAUGUUCAUUAACACCAGUCCUCCAGAAGGACGUGUCACCUUGUUGAAGCCAGCAAAAAUUCUUGAAUCCUUAAAUGAUGAGGAUGAGGAUAUAGAGUGCUCCAAUAUCCUCAAAAGAUAUGAAGAUAGACCCCAGGAAUUGGAAAAUAUCUCUCUAGCAGAGUUUUGUGCCUGGUAUUCAAUGGAGGAAGCAAAAAAAAAAACAUGUUCAAGAGGGUCCAGUAGAACUAAAACUGUAGAUAAUCUUCUUCCAGAACCAGCUAAUGUUGAAAAUGAAGAUGAAGAAAUUAUUGAAGAGGAGCAAAUUGCUAACAAUACUGCAGAGGCAGCAAAAUACAGAAGAAGAAAACUUCCUCGAAUUUUACGAACGGUACACUUCAACCCGGAAAAAGACUCUGAGAAGUAUUAUCGAGAGCUUAUAAUGCUUUAUUCCCCAUGGAGAGAUGAACAAAAUUUGAUAGGAAAUUCCAACUCCUUUCAGUGCAGAUUUAACGAGUUGGAAGCAAUGAUUAGUCCAGAAAUGGAAAAAUAUGAACCCUACUCAAAUAUUGUUAAUCUUGCCCAGGAAGCUCUUGCAAAUAUGGAUGAUGGCACUGAAGCUUGGGAUUGUUUGGCUCCUGUUACUCAACAUGAAGAUGAAAUUGAGAGAUCAUUAAGACCACCUGAAAAAGACCUCGGUAUUGAAGAUGGUGACAUAGCUAGGGAGUUUGGAUUACCUGUCACAGAUGUUGAAAAUGAGCUGAUCAAGUACAGUGAACUUCCAGAUGAGGAAUACAGAAAGCAUAUGAGAUUUCUGAAUGAAGAGCAGCUUGAAUUCCUUUAUGACACAAUGUACAAAUUGAAAACAUCGUCUACACCAAUUUACAGGUUCAUGAGUGGAGGGGCAGGUGUUGGGAAAAGUUUCCUUACUAAAGCUAUUUACUAGACAAUGCUAAAAUACCUGAACAAAAAAGCUGGAGAAGAUUUUACAACUAGGAAUAUACUGCUCAUUGCUCCAACAGGAAAAGCAGCAUAUCAUAUUCAAGGGAAUACAAUUCACAGUGCCCUUAAGAUCCUUCCAAAUCAAAGUCUGGCAUAUAAACCACUUUCUUCAAGUUCCCUUAAUACCCUGAGACAGCAGAUUGGAAAUCUCCAAAUGAUAUUUAUGGAUGAAGUGUCAAUGGUAGGGUUUAGGAUUUUGAAUUGCAUCAAUCAACGCCUGAUGGAAGUUAUGCAAUGCAACAAACCAUUUGGAGGAAUAUCAUUGAUAGCUGUUGGGGACUUAUUUCAGCUAAAACCAGUUCGAGAUUCUUACAUUUUCUCUACUCCACGAUCAGAUUACUUACCUUUAGCAAUGAACAUUUGGACAGAUUUAUUUAAAAUGUUUGAAUUGAAGAAAAUUAUGCGGCAGGCAGAUAGCAGACUCUUUGCAGAACUUCUGAAUCGACUUAGAGAGGGCAAUCAGACAGACGAGGAUAUCAAUGUGCUAAAGCAGCGCCUCACAGAUAGGGGAUCACCUGAAUACCCUCAGACAGCAUGUCAUCUGUUUGCUACAAAUGAGUCUGUAAACAUGUUCAACAGCUCUGUCAUCAGUACAUCUUCUAAUGCAGUAUAUACAAUUCAUGCUAAGGACAGAGUGGUUGGAUCAACAUCGCCAGAAAUGACAAGAAAGAUCAUUGGGUCAUUCACCAAUUCAAAAGAGAAAAAUUCGCAGCUUCCAAAUAUUUUACAAGUGGCAAAAGAUAUUUAUGUCGAAUUGACUGUAAACGUAGAUACAACAGAUGGUCUUAUUAAUGGAGCUUCCUGCAAAAUUAAGAUUAUCGACAUUGUGGAGAGAGAAUCGCAAGCCUCUGGUGUGAUCUGGGUGGAAUUUGAUGCAACUUUAACUGGAGCCAAGUUAAGAACAGACAGUAGAAGGCUAUACCGCUCAUGCCAUCAAAAGCAGUGGACUCCAAUACAGCCAGUAUUGAAGCAAUAUGCAGCUGGACAUAAAGGUCAAGCUCAACUACAAAGGUUCCAGUUUCCCUUGAGGGCAGCACAUGCCAAAACCAUUCAUCGUUCUCAGGGGGAUACUUUGUCCACAGUUGUAGUUGAUCUGACAACAAGAAGAAAGGUUGAUCAUAUGCAUUAUGUUGCACUAAGCCGCUGCCAAUCUCUAGACAAUAUUUUCAUACUCAAUCUUCAAGAAGAUAAAAUAAGUGUGGACAAAAGUGUUCGAGAGGAAAUGGAAAGGUUAAGAUCAAUGCCAAUAGAAAUGGAUCUUAAAUUUCUGUACAAUAUACCGCAGUCCCACAAAAUCACAUUUCUAAAUGCACGAUCUCUUCAUAGACAUAUGGAGGAUGUAAGAGAAGAUCACAACAUACAUGCUGUGGACAUUGCUUGCUUUUGUGAAACAAGAUUCAGUCACAAAGAUACACUAGAAAGCACUACUCUGGGAAAUUUUGACCAGUAUAGAAAGGAUUGUCUAGAUGGUAACUGCCAAAGAUCACCAUAUGGGACAGCUUUGUAUAUGAGAUACCCUGUGAACAUAAUUUAAUUCCAUGAAUCUUUCCAAGGAAUUGAAUUGUUAGUUUUUCAGAGUGAGUUUAUUGAAAAUAUAACAUUUGUCAUGUUGUACAAACAUCUCAAGACACCUGUUGAGGGACUUUGUGCAGCUCUUAGGACAAUUUCUACAGAGUAUAUCAACACUACUUAUUCAAUCAUCAUGGGCGACUUUAAUGUGAACUGGGCAAACCAUUCCUCGGAAAAGGCAGCAUUGCAAAAAUUGCUUGUUGAAAACCUGCAUUAUGAACAGCAAAUUAUCACUCCAACCAAUGAUCAUGGAUCAACGAUUGACCUUGUCUUUUCUAAUGUUCCUAGUGACAGAAGUCCACAAUAUGGGGUUAUGGAGGUGUACUACUCUGACCACAAGAUAGUUUGGUUUGCUUGCAAUUAAGAAAAAAAUUGAUACAUUUUUCCUAGGCCAGAAGAAUUAUCUAAUUAGAAACAUGGUAAUACUUUAUACUGCAAAAAUGUUAAACAAAAGAUUUUUGCCUCAUUAGUUUCAAAAUGGUAAUGUCUAUUAUCAGAAGAUGAUUAAAUUUAAUAUAAAAAGCUCUUAACAAUAGAGAUGCAUACAAUUUUAAUCUAUAUUUAUUUAUAUUGACAUCACCAUGCAUAUUUUACUUUUAUACUUGAAGAUUUGACAAAGGCAGAUGCUGAUAUAUGUAUUUUUUGAUAUGUUGAAUAAAUCAACCUUUUUGAGUACUCCCAUUUAUUGUAAGUUGUUUGCUUGGAUAAAGGGCUAUCUUACACUUUAAUCAUUUCAUUGAAAACAUUUGGGAAAAUGUUUUUAUAUCCUUUUAAAAAUCAUUAAGCUUACAUUAUCAAUAUUUGAAGCAAUGUCACAUGAGGCCAUAAAGUGGGUAAGAUUCUUAAAGGAAGGUUGACAUUUGGUUCCAUGCAUACCUAUCUCUUCAUGGUGAUAUGUUCAUGUAAACAAUAUGUGACGGGCGUAUCAUGUGCCGUGGCGGUGCACUUUAUUGUUAAUUACGAUAUUUAAAAAAAAAAAGAAAUGUUUACCUCCGGUGUAGAAUAAUGGAAUCUUCCGCGUCCUCAAAUUUCCUUUUCCUGGAAGGUGAGGACUUUGUUGAUUGGUCAUUUUCAGUCGGAUCUUUGGGAGAAUUUCUUAUUGAAAGAACAACAAAGAAUUGUAUAAACUACUUUUAUUGUUCUGUUGAAAAUAUUGAAGAUGUUAGACAACAACGAGUGAAUGUGAAAUAUGAAUGGAUUAAUUUUUUUUAUUUGAAACUAUUUCAAUUCGAUGUAAAAAAUACACUAUUUGGUAAAAAUCGACUUAUGCGCUUGAAAAUAACGUUCAAGAGGCAAACUUACCCUGACUCAAAGGACACCGAGAAGCUUUCGCCUAAGCGAAUCCAUUCGUCUUCGAAGUCUCGAAAACUUCUUGUAGGUGAAGACGUUACGUUAUCCCUGUAAUGACAACGGCCCAAGAAAGAUAACUACGAUUAUCUUCAUCAGUGCCCCAACCUACACUUUUGGGUACAGACGUCCCGCUGGGAUUUUCAAAAUACCCGCCAUAGAAAAACCCAUACCUUUCCUUUGUAAAUUCUGAUUCAAUCAUAUACUUCAUACCAAAAUUGUGACCUGCUUAAUGUAUAGUUGGUGCCCAUGCAAGUGCGUAUGUAAGUGCACACACCCGGGUUGUAGUUAGAUCGUGGAAAAAUGUCCUAAUAUUUCAUGAUUACACAUUUUAUUAGAGGAUGAAUUCCUGCGGAUAAACCUACCACUCAUUAAUGUAAUGACAAGUCAAAUUGUCUACCCAUUGAUAUAACAAUUUGAUGAAAAUCGCUUCCCAUUGAUAUAUUUAAGGUGGAAUGCUACACCAGAGAAAUUUGACGUGGAUGAAAAGUACAGGAUAUGUUAAACAACAUUUUGAAAAGAAAAUAAUUCAAAAUGCACUGUAUUUCAUAAAAAAAAUACAGUUUUAGUAGAAAGUAAUUUGAAAAAAUUUAAAACCCCUGCUGGAAUCGAACCCCGCGACCUGCAGUUCAGAAAGCAACGUGCUAACAUUUUGAAAAGAAAAUAAUUCAAAUGCACUCUAUUUCAUAAAAAAAAAAUACAGUUUUAGUAGAAAGUAAUUUGAAAAAAAAAUUAAAACCCCUGCUGGAAUCGAACCCGCGACCUGCAGUUCAGAAGGCAACGUGCUACCUACGGAGCUACUUGGCUAUGCA